AUGCAGCAUCACCCCCACCAUCAGCCCCAGGGUCACGCACCUACACAGCAGCAGCAGCAACAUCUGCAGCAGCACCAGCAACAUCCUCGACCCUCGAGCGUUGUUCAUCAACAGCAUCAUCCCCAGGCCCAGUCGCAGCAGCAUCCCUCCUACGCCUCCGCCGGACACCCAAUUGCUCCCGCCUACCAGCAGCAGCAGAGCCAGCCCUCCAACGCCCAGCAGCAGCACUCCCAGGACGGCCUUCCCUACUACGCGCAUCCGAGUCCCUACAGCACCCCAGGCGCGACAAGCGGAUACACAUCCGCUGCAGACCAAUCCGACAUGAUGGCCGCCGCUCAAAUGCCGAGACCACCUUACCCUCCCAUGUCCUACCACACACCGCAGUCGAACUCGCCCGCGUCGGUAGCCUCGCCUUCCCAACAUGACCAGCACAGAAGCAUCUACGGCCAGCCGCCGUCUCAACCUCUCCAGCAGCACAUGUACUACCAGACGCCGCAAGCCCACUACCCGUCGAUGCAGGCGCAACCCCAACAGUCUCCCUACGCGCAACACCAGGCCCAGACCCACCAGUCCAUGUCUUCGCAGCCCAACAUGAUGAUGUCUGCGCAGUCCCAGCAGCAGCAGCAACACAUGCCCCAGCACCAGGCGCAACAACACCAGGCCCAGAUGACCAACAGCCCCCGCGGCCAGAUGAAGACGGAGCCCCAGGUGCCGCUGCAGCUCCAGAAGCCUCAGACGACUCCCAUGCAACACCAGCAGCACCCUCAGAACGGCGCUGCUCUCAACACCCCCACAGGAUCGACUCCUGGCGGUGUCAACCCCAAUGCGGCGCCUGGACCCAUUCCGGCCACUACGCCUUUGGUCGUAAGACAAGACCAGAACGGUGUUCAAUGGAUCGCGUUUGAGUACUCUCGCGACCGUGUCAAGAUGGAGUACACCAUCCGCUGCGAUGUUGAGUCGGUCAACACGGACGAGCUCUCGGCCGAAUUCAAGACGGAGAACUGCGUUUACCCCAGAGCCUGUUGCCCCAAGGACCAAUACCGAGGCAACCGCCAAGUAUACGAGACCGAGUGCAACACGGUCGGAUGGGCUCUUGCUCAGCUGAACCCUCCUCUGCGCGGCAAGAGAGGUCUUAUCCAGCGCGCCGUGGACAGCUGGCGCAACAGCAACCAAGACCCCCGGCUCCGAAGCCGAAGAGUGCGCCGAAUGGCCAAGAUGAACACCCGGAAAUCGGUUCAGGGCGGCCCUCACCCUGCUCACAUGGGCGGCCCCAGUCCGCCAGGGAUGGCUCAAGGUGCUGGUGGCAUGGGCCCCGCGGGUGCAUCAGCCAAGAUGCCUGGAAUGAACAUGGGUCAUAUGCCGCACACCAACGCUCCGGGUGGAGGGGAUGAAGUCGGUAUGUUUCACCAGAUGUGA